GGUACACGUCUGCCAUUUUCCCUUCAGACACAUUCUUCACCAGAAUAGUCCGCCAAGGAACUGGUCCAGAUUGCCCGCCACUAGGCCCAGCCGGCUGUCUUGACCACUCUCAGCUGCUCAUAGGCCUCAGAUAUGUCUCUAAGACGCAAGCUUAAGGGGAAGAAGCCGCCGGAGGGCUGGGAGCUCAUUGAGGAGGUCAUAGAGGACUUUGAGCAGCAGCUCAAGGAGGCGGUAAACGAGGAGCAUGAGGGAAAGCGUAAGACAGAGCUUACGUGGAAGAUUCACCGGUUACAUUGGGAGAAGAAUCGCUUCAUCUACGACCUCAUGUACCAGCGCAAAGUUAUGUCCAAGGAGCUGUUCGAGUGGUUAGUGCGAGAGAAGGUGGCCGACGGCGCAUUGAUAGCUAAGUGGCGCAAGCCCGGCUACGAGAUUCUCUGCUCAAUGCUGGCCAUCCAGAAAGGCAACCACAAUUUCGGGACCACCAGCCACUGUCGCGUUCCGCUGCGGGCGCGCGCCAAGCAGCAGCGCAUCACACCAGACGUGCAGACUGGCUGCAUCUCGUGCGCUUCGGGAGACGGGAAGUUUGGCGGGCCGGUGUGGUGGAACACGCCGCUGGACGAGGAGGACAGCGCCAAGCUGGAGGAGAACCGCACCACCUGGGGGCAGGCCGGGACCGGGGAGCCUGGCGAUGGCAUGGGAGGAGGCGGAGGGGGGCCGGGCCCCAGCCGCAAGCGGCCCGCGUCGACCUUAGACGGCGACGAUGACGACGAGCUGCCGGAUGAGGUGCGGGCGCGCCUGGAGGCGCUCAAGAAGGGCACCAAGGCGCUGGACUGAGGGCGAGGCGCUCGGUGGCGAGGACCUGGGGUCUGGAGGCUUGGCAUGGGUAUGGAGGAUCGGCAUGAGUAUGGGUUAUGGAGGCGUGGCGCGAUGCAAGGGGCAGGCGCGGUGUGUGGAUGUGGGCUGUGAGGCGCGUCGAAGGAGCUGGGGCGACGGCACAAGCGCGAUGACGCUGUGGCCAAUGCAAGCCCGCGCUGGUUGGUUGCUGGGCGUGCUUGCUCUGCUGGCGCUUGUGGAGGCACGGUUAGUGAGGCGGGGCGAUGCAGAUGGGACGCUGGAAUGUGCUUCGGAGCCGUGUUGUCGGGAUGUGUAAACAGGUGUGCGUAGCUGACAACCAGGUGCAGGGACCACGGCCUGUACGAACCGGAGGUGAUGGCCUCAUGGGCGUAGUCUGUGCCCGCGCGCUCUGCAAGGCUGUGUAAUGGCCGCUCGCG